AGUGACAUGACGGUGAUGGAUCAAUGUUAUUCAAAUCGAGCGCUCGCCGGUCACUGUUAUUAUUCUUUUAGUUGGCAGUGAGUGUCAGUACGAGCGCGGUUUGUGGACGUGAAGCACUUGAAAAAUACGGAUGCCCAGAUAUUGCAAUAUCUGAGAUCCGUUACGGGGGAAUUGACGGAGCGCGAUCGACGGAAAAUUUUAAAAGGUGCUUAAAAUAGAAUCAGAACUGUGACCCUGAAGUAUCACGCCAUCUCGUUACUCAUUUGAUGCAAUCGAGGCUGAUGACUAACUGAGAGCUGUGGUUGCAAAGAAAAUCGACUGAAAAGACUUGAAAUUGACGGAACCUCAAGCAUAGGGCAUGAUGCAGAGGUAAGUUUUCGAAACUGCUGUGAUUGCGGAUGAGUCUUUUUGUAUGAUUAUUGCGCUUCGUUUUCUUUUUCUUGAGACGCUACUCGCUAAGGAAUUCGCUUACGAUCAUUAGGAGAUAUGAAACAUGUUUGAGACUUACAACAGUGUAACUAAUUUUUUUCGAUCGCUGGAACGGUUCAUAGGAAAUUUUGCUUUCUUUUGUGCUUUCGUUUCGACAGGUUAUAAUGCGUACGACGAGAAAUUUCCUUUGCGGCAAAUAUGUCAUCAUGUUUUCUACAAAAUUUAUGUGCAGGCCAUUCUCGCCAGACUGUUUCAUUACAUGCAACGAAACCAGCACAGUUGAUCGAGAAUUUGUCAGGGCUUAUAAGAAAAUCGUAUUUAUGUAAUCUAAGAAUAAUUUAAUUCUUUCCGGAGAAGCGGUUGAUUUUGUUUUCAUCUUGUCUUACUGAUCCAUCUACCGUGACACGGCGACUGAAUUUUCCCACGGCAAUAUUAGGCUAAUCAACUGACAUUUACAAUAAAUUCCUCGCAAUCUUUGCUAUGAACCCGCGAAUUAGCAUUUCUUUGUCAAAGUGUUAAAUUUGCCGUCUUCUCUGCCAUUUCCGGGCCAUUUUCGGUUCACGAGUUUGGGUUAUCGGAACUCUUUAUUGUCAUAAAUUGCAACGCUAGAAUGAACAACGUGCGACUUUCCCGACAAGUAGUGUUUGGUAACAUUAUCAGGCCAAACACAACAUAUAUCAAAGGAUUACGGAGUAAUUUUUUUGCAUCAGAGCGUAGACCUCCAAGACCCACAAUAAUGUUAAGAUGGCGGGCUGUCUAUGUAGAUCACUCACGUAUAUUGAGUAUAUUAUCUCCGCACAUGGAAUAAAUUUUAGUCUAAAAUAUACCACCCUGAUUGUUUGAUUACAUAUAUUGUCGGUUUCCAUCGAAAAUGGCUCUUGGAAACAAAGGCAAAAUUCUUAAUUACAUUACCUCAUUAGAGAUUGUUAUCACAGUGUUCCUCAAUUGGCUUUUAUUGCUAAUAGAGUCGCUUUUCUGUCUUUGUUGUGAAAAUUAAACAAUACCCUAUAAGAUCGGCGGAAUAUUUCUCGAAACAGCAUGGUAACUGGUUUGACUGAACACGUGGUUUACCUUGACCUCGUGUCAUGUUUUCUGAAUUGAUGGAAUUCAGUUCAAGAUUAAACCGCUAAUCUGAAAUUCAACAGAUUCAAGAGAUUUUUCGAAAAAUUUCUAGUGAUCACUCCCAAACUAAACACCAACGCACACAACGAAAUUACAGCGUUUUAAAAAUAUCGUCAAUGAACUUCUCUUGUAGAACUCAACGUAUUAGGAAGAACUUUUUGCUUUGUUUCUUCUCGUUGAGUUUUAGUAUGCACUGAUAUAUCAGACUUCACAAACGCUUUGACUUUAUUGCUUGAGUAUUGACGUACAAAUUACACUCCACAGCGGCCACGGUUAAGCGAUAUUCAAUUGGCUUUAAAUAAUCUUCUUUGUGUUUGUGCGGCCCGUUUUUGACCAAUCUAAGGUUUUUUUUGAAGGUAGGUAACCCUUUGUAUUUCAAAACUAGUUGACAAAGAACUUCUCCUUUCAACAUUAAACGAUUAUCAACCAAAUAGGCUUAGGGAAUAGAAAAAAAUAUCUGCUAAGUGAUACUUCAAAUUAUCUUAACGAACACACAAUAAAAUACAUAAAAACUUAUGAUUAGAACAGAUAUGGGGAGUUGAAGGUCAAAGAGGUUUUUAGAUAUAAACAAGCUGAUUAGGGGAAUGUGGCCAUGUUUGACCUGUCAGGUUUUCGAUCUCUCUCGAUGGGUUAAAUGGGGUAUAAAAAGGAUGAGGAAUUAUGAAGAUUUUCCUAUUACUAUAAUAGGAUUGAUGUCUCAUUCCACAAUUUUAUUACGUGCAUAUACACUUCACCGCCCGGAAAUAAGUUUAAUAUGCUUCGGUUAUAACUAGCCUUAACUGUUGGGAAAAUUUGACGAAAUGCUGGAAGGAAACUUGCGACUGAGUAACCAAAUAUUUCAUGAUAUAACUGAUCAUGAUUUAUUUGGUUCCAUGAUAAAUCGUCUCCAUCAAGUAUUUGAUUGUGUAGACUUAUCUCUAAACCAAGAACCUUCAACAUAGAUACUUGUUCAAAUUGGAUUAAAAACUUCGUUAGCCACCCGUUACCCGUUUCUAAAUCACUUUUUACAUGCAAUGUGCGAGUAAAGUAGAGUUAUUUUAGUGCUCAGUGAGGGGCAUUUGACUCUCUGAUAAAUUCACAAAGCCGGAAGUUUAGUCACGCUAAGUGCCGGGUUUUCCCGAAAACCGCUUUUAGAAAUAGUGGUAGGCUGCAAGCACGAUUAGGCUAGUCUCGAACGUGAUGUAAUAACUGUAAUGUGAUACAGUGGCCAAUCAUAUCUUGUGAUCAAUCGAGCAACACUGAUACUUGGUAGGAUCUGGGUACGAGAUUACGAUAAACGGGGUAGGACGAUCUUCUUCUGCUGUACUGAUAAGGUCUGGUGCAAAAGUAGGUGUUUUCGUCUGCAAAACAACAGAAAACCUCAGCCGUUUUUAUUUCGAGCGAAUACAUUUGAAAGUGAUCGCAAAAGUGAGGUGUUUUCGGUGUGAUGGGAAAAACCCAGCGACUUGAGCAACAGCGAGUCGAAAAACGGCACCUACUAUCGCUGUCUUUGUCAUUUUUGGAAGUUCUGAUGCAAACGAUGAAAGAAUGCGAAAAUUUAUCGCAACUUUUGAGGCUGAUGAUGUCUGAAUGAAAAUGUUUUGUUUUGUUGACACGAAAUUGAAAACUUUUGAUUACUUAGAAGAGAGGAUUGGGCCUUAUCGCCGAUUACAGAAAAUCGUGACAAACUUAAGGAUCGAGGAAGGUCUGGGAAGGGGUUGCUCGCAUGCCAACCUGGCAACCUGGUCUAUGGCGUGACAUUUACAGUUGGUUACAAUGAUUGCAAGUCUUAAACUAGUGGAGAGAAAAAAAAUUUCAUUAGUUUUAAAAUACGGCUACAUUUGGUUGAAAAUCAAAGUAGUUAAAAUCUUGCCAUGCCCGUCCGUGGUGAACAGUUUUGUCACAGCCGUUUCGUUCAUCAUACUAAUUUCCUCUAUAGAAAUUGCAGCGAAACGAGUCCCAUAUUUUGCGUUCGGGCAGCUCGAAGGUGUAUCAUUCUUGACUGGUCGCUUAUGAGCCCGCGAUUCAGUGCGCGAAAAGUACCAUUUACUUAUGUGGAUGUAUUAAAUAUAUGUGUAUAAUUUUAUUUCAAUGUCUCGAAAAACUUCUUUGUUCCAAGACCAGCACUUCGUUAGUUCACGUUUUUAAUCGAACAUUUCUCAUUUUCCAAGUAGGCAAAAUCUAACAACUGCAUCCUUAAAUGAUACAAGAAAAAAAGAGGAAGAGAAAAAAAGGGCUUUUCAAGAUGCCGUGAACAGAAAAGAUCGUGAGGAAGUUCAUCGACUACUGAGUAUCGGUGUGGAUAUUAACGCAGUGAACGAAGCCGGCGAUACUCCAUUGCAUCAGUGUAUACGGGAUGGUAGAGUUGAUUCUGCAAAGCUACUGGUUGAGUUCGGUGCUGACAUCAGAAGAGCGAAUCGCGAUGGUUGGUCCCCAGUCCACCUAGCAACCACUCUCGGUCAAAGAGAUCUGGUGAUGUUCUUGCUGGACAAAUAGGUCAUCAUGGAUGAAGCUUGGAGCAAGUGGAAUUGUUUUUGCAUGUACACACUCUUAAGUUAAAUAUAUCCACAAGAACAAUGUGAAAUUCUACAUUUUGAUU